CAGAGUUGAUUGAUUUAUGGAGUACAGACAACGUAAUAACAGGUGAGAGAUGACGUUGUAGAACGAUUACACUGUUGUGACGUCACACAUUGUAAAAUACCAUUUCGAUUUAUGACACAUUUGUGUUCUGUUGAAGAGAACAUUUCAGUCAUGUCAAACUGCUUUGGUGAAAUCAUGUCAAACUUAUUUUGUUUUGCUUAGCUGAACGAUAUUCAUAUAGACAAAUGGGGACACAGGUAAGUAAUAAUUUAACAAUACUGUUUCAUGUUGUGAAUUUAUGGCUAUCCAAAUUGUCAUAUGGAUGGCAAUUCUUUAAAAACUUUACUGUAAAUUCAGGUUCUAAUCACUGACAACAAUUGCCGUAAUUUGCAUGGUCAUUUUCCAGGAGCCCCCCUCCAUGGAUCUUCCCUCCUACAACAGCCAUGAUGAGAGGGGCAAGUCAACCAAUGAGAAGUUCCUUCCCAGAGCAGAGGUGGUCAGGUCCAAACUCAUCCAGAGCUUCUACCUGCUGGACCAGUUACAGGAGGAGCAGAGAGGAAGCCCCAAAUACUGCACCAAUGAUGUUUUAGGUAGCCCACAGUAAUGACAUAGCUUCCUAUUUGGUCUGAAUGAAACCGGCCUGAGUUGUUUUGAGAAUAGAGGUGUUUGUCUGUGAAGAGAUUUGUAGAAGUAUGUUUACUUCAGAUGAUUACACACUUUGGUCCUGCUUGGCCUACACUUUACAAUACAGGAAUACUGUGAUUCUAUCGUGUGUAUUUGUUUUUAAGAAGGCAUUGCUAAAUAACAAGGAUGCUUAUCUCGUGUCUGUCUGUCUGUCUGCCUGUCUGUCUGUCUGCCUGUCUGUGUGUGUGUGUUUGACAGACGAGGAGAACUACACCAGCCUGAUGGGGAAGGACACACACCAGCUAGUGCGUUUCGAGAUCUCCCCCCAGAGGGGCAGCACCAUCACCAUGGACCUCCGUCGCCAGGGACGACUGGAGAACCUCCAUGCCAACUAUCCGCCCUUGAACAUGUUUGCCCACUGGAUUCUAGAGAGUAAAAUAUUUAUGAAUAUCAUUGUCAUCCUCAUCAUUCUGAACACCAUUGUCUUGGAGAUACAAGCAGAGGUGUUUGACAACAUGGACCCCAAGCUGGAGAUUGUGAAACUGGUUCUGGAAAUGUUGGACUGGAGCAUCCUGGCCAUCUUCUUCCUGGAGAUCGUAUUGAAGUGGUUGGACAACUUCUGGAACUUCUGGAAAAGCACCUGGAACAUCUUUGAUUUUGCUGUCACCAUGCUGUCUGUUAUACCAGAGAUCGUGAAGGUCUUCAAAGGGGUGGACACUGACGACCUGGAGAUUGUGGCACUCCUAAAGAAGUUCCGUAUCCUCCGCUCCCUGAAAAUUAUCUCCAAAUUCAGGCAGAUCCGCCUUAUCGUGUUGGCCAUCUCCAAAGCUUUCAAGGCUAUGACCUUCAUAUUCUUACUGCUGCUGGUGUUUGCUUAUAUCUUCGCUGUGGUUGGAGUCAUCCUGUUCGAGAGUUACACUCGCUCCAACAUUGAGGGCCUGGUCUACAAUAUGAACUUUAAAGAUAUCUACAACUCCUUCAUCACCCUCUUCAUCCUCUUCACCAUGGAUCACUGGUACGCUCUGCUCGCCGACACCCGCAAAGUUCCAGAACUGGACAAAGCCAUAUGUGGCCUAUACAUCAUCCUCUGGCUCCUCAUAGGCUCCUUCGUAUUCCGCAAUAUCUUUGUGGGUAUUAUGGUGAAUAACUUCCAGGCCAUCCGGAGUGACCUCUCUAAAGAGGUACAGCAGAUUGAGAUCCAGGCCAAAGCUGAUCUCUUUAAAGCUGAGAUCAUAAACAGGAGGAUAAGUCAUUCGAAAUUCGCCGGGCUGAGCAAAGUGGCAGAGGAUGGUGAAGAGUCAUUUUCCACUGAGGAUCUACUACAGUUUACAAGAUCUAAUAUUCCAGAAAAAGACUGGGAGUCUUACGUGGAGGAGAAUAUGAAGGUGAUGCAGGAGCAGGAGGAGGACGAGAAGGUCACCUGGCCCCGGGAUUCCCUUUUCAGGUACUUUGAGCUGCUGGAGGUUCUCCAGCACAACCUGGACGAGAGGAAGAGGCUGCAGAACUUAGCAGGUAAGGAAUCACACGGAGGAGGAGCAGGAGGAGGAGGAGUAGGAGUAGUAGUAGUAGUAGUAGUAGUAGUAGUCGUCCCCUCCAGGACUGUAUUUAGAUGGCGAAGAGACUAAAAGGUUUUGCAAGGGGGUGGGGCCCCCCCAACCAAAUCUCUCGUAGGGCCCCCAAAAGGCUAGAGGUGGCACUGAGUGCUGAUGAAGGAGAUUGUGGUGGAUUAAUUUCUGAUUUACCAAAUGAGGAGAGAGAGACAAACUUCACACACCAGUCAGAGUUAUACUUAAACUACAUCUUUAAUAAUAAUUAAGCUUUGCAAUAGCAUUUGACUUUCAACAAUUCACUAUUUCUAAUGAACCAUUGAGAGUGGCUACAGAAAAUUACAAAGAUCUUUUAUAGCCAAGAUACACCCUUCUCAACCUACAUGACGAACCACAGAUCUUAGGAACUCUUCACAAAGUGACUUUAUAAUUGACAAAGGAGUAUCCCUUAGCCAGAUAACAGUCACUAUAAAUUAUCGCUCAGUUUGGUCCAUACGACAAGGUUCUAAUCUCAUUCCUGGUACUUCAUAGUACAAAAACACCAACUCAUCCAAUGGCAUAUAUCAAUUGCCAACUCUAGAUACUCCCAUCUCUAGUAAACCCCCUCUUGACCCCACUCCUGGACAAGCUCACUGAGGGGAGUGAGCCUCUAGGUCAUACACUAUCCCAGGAUAGAUCAGAGAGGACAUACAAUGUUUCCAGACGCUGCCAUACAUCUCCCCCCAAUGGGAAAAGGAGGGAGUGACUGGUGCACAGACAUUGUGGAGACAAGUAAUUGGUUCCCCAUUAAUCACGCCAUCCCUUCACAUGGUUUAAGAAUUGGUAAAGACACAUUCACAUAUGAAGACAAUGUUCCAUUCUGUCCUCUUCCCUUUCUGAUAUUCUGCAUAGCACCAGGGACAUGUGAAAGACAAGCCUGACUUCUCCCCUCUCUGGGCCCCAAGUGACUGAGACCCAGCUGAGGGAAAAGUGCAACUGCCAACACUAUUGUCCAAAGGGAUACAUUCUAAUGACAAGUAUCUCACAUGAGCAUAUUAUGCAAAUAAAACAUCUUAAUUAUCUAUGUUACCCAACUAAUUCUGAUUCAACCGCCACAAGAUGAGAAAGGGAUAGGAAACCACUUGAGACUAUGCACUUGGCAAUAGUCUUGGUAGCCGAGACUAGUAGAAAUGAGUCUGAACUAUUGAAACAACAACAACACUUCUGAAUAGGUUUCAUGUGUUUUUGCCAGAUGCCUUAAUCAUGUAAUAAGUAUGCCUCAUUUUAGAACCUCAUUGUAAAGUACAUAAUAGACACAGUAGACCUACAGGAUGUUUGAGUCAAAAAUGUUUUCUCUCUCUCUGUCUGUCUCGCUCUGUCCCUCUCCCUACUCUCUCUGUCUCUCUCGCUCUGUCCCUCUCCCUACUCUCUCUGUCUUCUCUGACACAGUUCAGGCGUUGCUAAACCUGCACGACUCAUAGGACCCCACAUCGACAUCUAUUCAGAAGAGCCACCAUAUUUUGAAGAAAAUAAAACAUGUUUUUUUUCUUCUUCCCAGUAUUGUCAUUUAUUCAUCAUUUAAGUCAUUUAGCAGACGCUCUUAUCCAGAGCGACUUACAAAUUGUCAGUGUCCAUGUUCAAUUAGUCAUCUAGUUCACCCUUGAGAACUAAAGCUGAUGUGGAGGGCAGAGAGAGCCAACGAUAGCCUGGUUAAACCAUACUGAAUGCUGUGCACACCGUUGUUUUACUUCACCUCAGUUUGGAUGCCAGGCUAAGGCAAUGAGGUCAAAUAUAUUUAUUCCUAGUAGUAGUCAACUUGAAUGGUCUCACAGUUCCACCCAAUAUGUAAUAGGGGGCACUCUUACACAGUGUCACUGAGUCCCCUGGGAGGUCAUGGACCGUGUCCACCACAGUUCUCCUUAAGGUUAUUCCCUGCAAUCUUAGAUUGACAUGUGACAUCCUAGACAGAUCAAGGUUACAUUGGUAAUGUCCUAUGCAAUAGCUGGUGGACAAUAACAAUGGGGUUUUAUUUAAAUAAAAGAAGGCUACAUUAAGUUCUCAGCGCAGAGGCUACUCUCAAAGUAGUCAAGAAAUGGCUGCCAGACCUUAGAAAACUUUUGAGAGGAGCCACGGGUGGAAUAUUUUACCUUCUCAAGUUUGAGAUGGGCCAUAACAUCACUAACCCAGUUUAAGAUGGGCCAUAACGUCCCGUUUCCACUUAAAAAAAGGAAUAAGUGGGCGGGCCAGACGGGACAAGAAGGCUAUGGCCUCUGCUUGGGUAAUGCAGAAAGUAAUCCCUUCGGGAGCGCCUCAAUAAUAGGGACAAAAUUGAGUUGGGGCAAUUAUCUUAUUGCAUAUAUAUGAGAAAGUCUCAAAGAUAGAGGACCAGAAUGGACCUGGUGUCAAGCAUGACCAGUACAUGUGAUACAGAGUGGCGGUUGGCUGAUGGCAUCUAGAGUAGGUUGAGUCUAUUUCUGUUUACAAUCUGACAGGUCUACUCCUGCAAAAGUGUAGGCAAUGAAAUACUUGAAAACUUUAGUAAAUCAUGUCUAAUGCAGAUAGAGGAUGGGUGUAUCCUGUCAAUUGCAGAAUGCCAGGUGAUAUCGGAGAUCUCGAUUCCAAACUCUUCCUCCCAUGAACGAUUGUACGUUCCCUACAUAGGUGAAAGUAUUGGGGAAAAGGAAUUGAAUCAAAAGAUACACAGAGUAUACGAAACAAGAACACCUGCUCUUUCCAUGAUUUCAGCCUUAUUCAGACGGGAUUUUUUUUUUUACUGGGGGAGCUCGGUUAAUGUAAACGUGUAAGAGCACAAAUCACCACAUCCGUCAUUUUAGUCCCGUCCGAUUCAGUAGGUUAAAUGAUUUACUCGUCAGGAAGGUCAUUAUACCAUCCCUAAAAGCCUACUGUUUUUCGGCAACCGCUUUCGACAAGAUGUAGUAGUGUCAAUGCCCCGAAAAAUUGUGGCUGAUCAUUCGGUAACCUACGGCGCUUAUUCAAUAUUCUUUACUCACCAAAU